UGACGGUGUGUGCUGUGUCAUGGUGGCUUAGUGGGAGAGAUAACACGUGACAGUGAAAUACAACAAAACCAUGAGAGUGCUUGAUAUUAUUCUAGCGGCGAUUCUGCUGCUGAUGUUCUCAGGUGUCCUUCUAGAGGCAACUGCCCGUGCGGCUGCAGGAGUCAACCCCCAACAAUAUAUCGAGGAUGCGAGUAGAGGUCGCACAGUUCAUAACCCGAAAGAAAAGUAUUCCAUAUUGAAUGAAGCUCGUGAAACCUUCCACCGUUAUCCCCAGGAUCCUAGUGAAAAGUAUGAGGAAGAUCAAGUUGAUAACACUGUUACGGAAAAAGACAAUGAGGACGACGACGAUGAGGAGGAACAAGAUUAUGAAUGGUCAGCUGAAGAACUGGAAAUGAUCAAGCAGAAAAUUUUAAAUGGCCUAGGAUUGACUACCGUCCCAACUAGAUCAAAGGCCAACGUCAGCAAGGAGGAGUACGAGCGAGCGUACAGCGAGUACAUCCGCCUGGUGCAGGAGGAGGAGGCCAGGCACGCGGACUCGCUGCUCAGGGAGUACGACGAAGAGGAGGAGCAGGAGGAGGACGUCCUCCGCGACCUGGAGGUGGACGACGAGGAGGAGACGCCCAGCUACAGGUUCUACAGCACUGGCGUCACUCAGCACUCAAGGCGGCGAGGCCGACGCAGCACGGAGGUCGAGGGUCAGGUCGUGCACUUCCACGUGGCAGUUCCCGUGCGGCGCGUCUACGCCCACGACCUGGACGUCAUCCACGCCACGUGUCGCCUGUGGAAGACGGGCGGGCCUGAGCCCCAGGACCCGGCCUACGACUCCGUCACCGUCAGCGUCUACCGCAUGGACGGCAACGGGCGUCGCCGCCGCCGCCGCAAACAGCCCGUGCUGCUGCACUCGCUCAACGUCUCCGUGACCGGCGACGAGUGGCUGACCAUGGAUCUGACGGAGGCUGUGCGAGGGUGGAUAGCGUCGCCCCGCGGCGAUGCUGACGUUCUUGUGCAGUGCCAGGACUGCAGUGCCGCGGGCGUCACUAUCCAUACAGGCACCAACACCUCGAACACCACAUACGUGCCCACGCUCGACGUGCAGACGCAGCUGCCCGCCGGCCGGAGGGUGAAGCGGUCGCGCGAGCUGACGCGGGCCACCAAGCCGAAGUGGCGGCGGCGCAGCGACUGCUCCGAGAAGAAGCGGAAAGGAAGACGUCACUCUCGAUGCUGCAGACGCUCCAUGAAGGUUCGCUUCAAAGAUCUUCCUGACUUUGACUUCGUCGAAUCUCCGGAGGAGUUUGACGCCUUCUACUGCAGCGGCAAUUGCCCUGCACGCUUCAAUCCAGCCAACGAGCAUGCACUCUUACAAUCUCUUCUAAAACUGAAACACAAAAAGAAAAUCCCGGGGCCUUGCUGCGCCCCCACCGCUCUGCACGGAUUGCAUAUUCUCCACCUCACUGAGGAUAACAAACUGGCCACCACGUACUGGGCUGACGUCAUCGUCACAGAAUGUGGCUGUGCUUGAGGGUAACAGUCGUGUUAGUUUUCUAGAAUCAGUGGCUGGGCUGAGCCCCACGUCAUAGAGUGACCGCAGCAGCAGUCUAACAGCAGCCUGCGGCCUUUACUAGUCACUCCCACUACGCUUCCAAACCGCCAGGGCAAAGCCGCCCGAACCGCCCACAGGUCGGGCCGAGUCGCGCGCCCGGCUGCCUCGCCGUGUGACCCCACAAUGUACUUGAUGUUCUGGUGUAGCUGAGCUGCAGCGUGAGCAUGUGCGUAACCCUGUCUCUCGUGCAUCAGACUUUUCUUGGUUUGGCUUUCCGGAGAAGGAGGUGCGAUCCGCAGCCAGAGAAGGACUGUGUGUUAGGCACAGAUUGUAACGCAAUUUCCCCCACUUUGUUAUCUUCGUCUCUCACAUCAGUUAAUAGGAUAACUGACUCUCACACCACCCGUUACUCUACAAGAUUUCAAUUUUCUUGUGUAGAUUUAUUUUUUCACUCAUUCUUUGCUUGUCUUAUCUCAUAUAUACCUCACAUCCUCUCGAUAUAGUCAUCCGCUCCCAUUUGCCAGUUGCGUGGGAUAAAGGAAUCUUUUAUUUUACCUGUUUGAUGUUGUGCACUUACAUUGCGUUGUGGAGUGGCUUUUGUUUCUAUGUGGCAUUCCCUAAGUUUAUACUUUUAUAUGGAAACGGGUGUUCUGACGCCACUUUGACAAUGUGCGUGCCUGGUCUGUGUGUUUGGGUAUGUGCGUAUGUGCGUGCGUUCUCGCUUGCUUUUGUAUAUGAACCUUCCUUAGCCCACCGCCAUGGUUACUUUCAAUGGUGACACCUAAACUAUUAUAAUCUAAGCAGUAUUGAGUGUUGUACAUUGCGUGUUCGUUGUCUAUCUGUGAUAAAUGUGCAUAUUGGUAUCUUGAGGUUGUAUAUUUUAUAUUUUAUCAUAGUUAUUUAUGUUAGUCUGUUCUAUGAUAGAUAUUGAAGUAUUUAGGUUAGGGUAAUGUAAUCAAGUAACUAGGUUUCGGAGUACAUAAAAUGUUUUUCUUCCUCAUCUUCUUCUUCUUCUUCGGUCUUCGACAUGCCAUUCAAUUGUGGCAUGAAAUUAGGAUCGACUUUCGGAUUUUAGCAAAAUGAUACCUUCAGAUGCUCUAUAUCACGUCUUCUCCAACUGAAUUAUCAUUCCCCAGCUUCAUGUGACUUGCUCUUCUGAUGCUUUCCUUUACUGUGUUGAAUCUGUGACCAUUGAUGGCGAUGACGCUUAAGGUACCUGUCUCUGAGUUCCAUUUUGGUGUCUGUGUCCGCUGUCAUCGUAAACACUGAUGUUGCCGCCUGUCCUUGUUUUAGGAAGACGGCGUCUAGCCUAAUCUCUGGAUUGCUAUAUGCCGAUUUCCAUUUUUUUUUUUUUUUUUUUUUUUUUUUUUUUUUGUGCUCUUAACAGGGAAACUGCUUUGAUAUCCUAGUUACUGCGACAUACAAAGUUCACCACAAAGUUAAACGAAGAAUAAAAAUAUGUAUUUUUAGGAGUAGGUAAAGAACAAAUGAAAGAUUUUUGUAUUAGUUAUUAACUUUGAUGUUAAACAGUUGUGUGUGAACACAUAGAAACUUUUAAAUUUUAUUUGAGAGUUUAUUUUACCACACUAUUGAAAUCACAAUGGAUAGACAGUUUUAAGAUUAAGUUCUGAAUAUACAGUAUAUUUACUAGAUGUAUUAAAGAAUGUUCAAACGAAAUGAAAAGGCAUUCAUAUAUAAAUGUGUAUGGUUAAAAUCACUUGUAAGAUAUACUAAUGUAAAGAGAAAAAAAAAAAAAAAAAAGACUACUGAAAAAGAGAGAGAAAACACAGAAGAAGAAAACCUGCAGGUUCAGGUCGCGUCGAAUGCUGCUUAUUUCUCCAAGAAAUUCCUGUCAGCCCCAACGCCUUGCUACAGUAUUAUGGUUAAGCCUAUCGCAACUAUAUUUAUUUUUUGAAAUAUUCCUAUGUAUAUAAUUUUGCAUGUGUGUGUGUGUGUGUGUGUAUGCGUGUGUGUGUUCGCAUACAUGUGUAUGUCAAAAUAUUUACUUAAACUGAGACAGUAAAUAGAUGUAUUCUGCUGCAAAGUUUUAAUAGCAGCUAACCCUUUCUGUUUUUGUCUUUAAAAGUAUAUUUUGUUGAUUGCUGCUCUCUUUGUAAAUCCAAUACUUUCCACUUACUGAAUAAGUGUCAGUGAAUAGGAGAUAAACCCCAAGUAUUUUUCAAGAAAAUGAUGAAAAUGAUGUUAGAAUAUUUAAUUUACCCACUGUAUUUUUACGUGUCAAACAUUGCUGCACAAAAAGUAUUUUUCUUAUGUGAAAUAAUUUGUUUAAUUGUUUGUGUCCAGGAUAAGUGGCAGUUGUCAAUUAUUUCUCUACACUUGACUGUGUCCCAUAUCUCGCAGAGAUAACUACGGAUCUGUAUAUCUUUAUAGGUGGUUGGCGCCUUGUCUGGUUGUACCAAAAUGUUAUGAGAUGACACCCACGAUUUGUAUGGGAUACAGAACCAACUGUCUCGCCAGUGUGAGCCCCAGGAGAUACUUAAACCUUAGAUAGUCAGAGCCACUUGUCCUUAAUAGGUAGCAUAAUGUAGUUAAGUGUUAAGACUUCCAUGUAAUGUUGCUAGAGUUCUAAUAAGACAAAUCCAUUACUACUAGUAACAAAGGCAAACACCAUUUCUUUUCUUUCUUUCUUUCUUUCUCUUUUUGGCUUUAAGUCAUCUCACAGUGUACUACAAGUUGUAGCCAAAACCGUGCUGUUCCCCAGCACCUCCAAGCUGCACCAGCUAAGGUAUUACCUCCCAUUAGACUUGUAUUUGUAUGAAUUUUACAUGUCCUUGGUUCUCGCUGUACCCUGCGUCUCUCCAGCAGCGUAUUCAAAUAUAACCUGAGCGCUGGCUUCCCAGGACUGCAGUGGAAGCCAGCGCUAAGGAGUGGCACCCGAGGGAGGUAGAACACUGGCUCAAGCCGCAGGUGGAGCUGAGGCGGGAGUACGUCCUAGUACUGGCAGAACGGUGCCGGCUUGCAAGGUUUUACACGAGAGGUCAAGGCUAACGAGAGGUCAAACGCCUGGCAUUCUUGUGGAAGAGGUUAAGCGCCCGCCAGACUGCAUGGUCGCUGGCGGGCCCGGCGACGCACUGCUUCCUGUGAUAGUGUUCCUAGUCAUAAGGUAAAACGCCGUCUUGCUGCCGCUCGACGGCUCCCUCACCCUUGUCUGUCUUAUAUAUACAUACAUGUAUAUAUAUAUGUGCGUGUGCUAAGAUAGGAAGAGCUUUCUUUCACUGCUGAGAGAGGAAAGUCCUAUCUUUCACUGCUGAGAUAGGGCAGCUGACUUAGUUGACUUAGUUGUACACUAAGUAAAUUUCUUGAAACAUAUCUUUACAUAUCCCCUUUUCAGGGUCUUCAUUGCUGCCUUCCCACAAUGUAGGAACCAUGUGUAUGA